AUGCAGAGCUUCAUCGUAUUCGUAUCUUUCCUGGCCUGCGCCGCUGCCGCCCCUGGUCUCUUGGUGGCUCAUGCCUCCCCAGUAGUGGCUGCAGUCCACGCUGUUCCCGUGGUCGGAUCAAAGACGACCAUCACUAAGAGCAGCCAGGUGGUGAACCACGGAUCGCCCGUGGUCCACGCUGUCCACACUCCAGUGGUAGCAGCCGUCCCUGUUGUGAAAGCCGCCGUAGUUGCCCCAGUUGUCCACGCUGCUCCAGUUGUUCACGCCGUACACGCUGCCCCAGUGGUUCACGCUGUUCACGCUGCCCCCGUGGUUCACGCUGUUCACGCUGCCCCAGUAGUCCACGCUGUCCACGCUGCUCCCGUCGUCGUGAAGACCGUCCCCUCAGCAGUAUCACACAGCAGCUCCGUCGUCAGCCACACCCCGAUCAAAGCUCUCCCAGUUGUUGCCGUUCACUAA